AUGGACACGGUGGACCUGAAGGUCGUGCUGCCGCAGGCGAUAAAGCAGCUGGCGUUCUUCCUGUUGGCGCGGUGGCUCAACAAGAGCCUUAGCCCCACGGUCGAGUCCCAGGUCAGGGCGGCCCGGGCGAUCUACACCGUGUACCUUAUAGUCUCGCAGGCGCUCUGCAUGUACAUCAGGUACCUCAUCUGGAAGAAAGGUGACGAUACCGAGGUCGAGGUGCCCCCCCCCGCGCAGCUGAAGAAGCUGAUUCAGGAUGCUGGGAAGGCUGGUGUAACGGGCAAUGAGGGGGCACCCGCGGCGACGACGGGCGGAGCCGGGGGUGCUGCUUCGCCACUGGGACCGGUGAUGGACAAGAUGAUGACAUCGAGAAUGGCGGUGAAGAAGUACGACAUGAAGUUCAUCCAGGGGGUCCGCAGGCGGCAGUUUUGGGCGUCCCUGAUGAUGUGCUACACUCACCUUAGGCGGGGGAUGAUCAAGCCCAUGAUGUUCCAGGUGUCCUUCGGGGUAUUGUCACUCUUGGAUAACCCGCUCGUCCACAUCUACCUUUUGGGCCGGGAAGCCAAGGGCAACCUCGCGAGGCCGUUCAAGAAGCAGGGGCUGAUGGAGAGCCUGAGCGGGCCGAUGGAAACCAUGGCUACUAAGGCGGCGGCUGAGGCGCAAGCGGCAGAGGCGAAAGCCGCAGAGGCGAGAUCAGAGGAAGACAAGGGCAGCGCUACCGCCGGGGUUGGCGAGGAGGAGGAGGAGGAGGAGGAGGAGGAUGAUGACGGGGGAGAGAUGCCAGACAUCGAGAUUUUGACCAAUGGCGACGAGAGCGACGACGUUGUGGAAGAAAGCGGUUGA